AUGAAAAUAUUUCUCAGUCCUUUAAAUUUUAUCCUUGAUAAAAACUCUGUUGGAAAAGGUUUCAGAAUUGAUGAUAUAGAUUGUUUUAAAAAGAACAUUUUUAACUUAGAAAAAAUUGAUGAUACAGAAUCAAACAAAGAGCUUAAACACAUAGAAAAUGUAGUUUUAAUAAAAAAGAAUAAAGUUCCAAAGAAAAUAUUGGGUAAUAUUAGUUUAGCUUUUGGGUAUGGUUCAAAUGUCACAAAUGAACUAUUAUUUAGUGGAAAUGUAAAUAGUGGUGAAACAUUAAAUAUUCUUUAUAGAAAAGUAAUUGUUUCAAAAACUUUAAUUUUACAUGAAGAAGCCAAACCAAUCAUAGAUUUCUUUGAGAUAGUUGAUAUUGAUUCACUUAAAAAUCAAUUUGGUUUAUAUUUUGUUAAAAAAAUUAAAUAUGGAGCAAUUUUAAAUUUAGUAAUCAAUCUACAAUCAUCCAAUAAGAAACUAUUGAAAAAAUUAGAAAAAAACCUUAUAGAACUAAAAUCGUUAAACAUUGGAAAUGUAUUAUCUCUAAUCAAAAAUACAGACCAAUCACAAAUUAAAAUCACAACAAAAAUGGAUAUGGGUGGUAUUAUAAAUGAAAAUAUACCAAACUAUCAAAAUCUAGAUGAUUUAGAAUCAUUUAUUAGCUCAUUUAGUGAAAAUUCAGAAACAUCUACUCCAAUUGCAAUCAAAUUAUCAAAAAUUAAAUUAAAGUCAGAAUUUAUGGAAUUUGAGCAACAUAAAGAGUAUAAAAAUAAACAAUCAAAAAUUGCCAAAUAUUAUUGGGAAAUGCAACAAAUUAUUGUUCAACUAGAGUCUUGGAUUAAUAUAAAUUCAGAAAACUCCAAAAAUCAUAUAUAUAUGGAUAAACUCAAAACAAAAACUUCAAAACUUACUUCGUCAAUAAAACAACUACAAACUGUCCUUUUAAAAUUUGCUCAGGAUUCAAGAAAAACUAUUCUUGAAAAUGAUAUACCAUGUAACAAAACCAAAGUAUGUGAACUAAGAGAUAAGGCACAGUGUUUAGUUGGCAAGAAACUAAAAACUUCUGAUGGAAUAUGGUUUGGCCCAAGUAUUAAAGGUGUCCCAAUUUAUGAAGGAACAUAUAACUAUAUGAAUGGUGGAGAAUAUGAAGGCCUAUGUUUAAAUGGUAAACGUCAUGGUCAAGGUAUUUUAAGAUAUGCCAUUGGUAACAUCGAACAAUUAAAAUCAAUAGAAGGUGAAUGGGAAGAUGAUAAUGUUAGCUUUCCAUCUGUAGUUACCUAUAAUGAUGACAAAGUUGUUAAUAUUACCAAUUCAGAUGAUUGCUCGGAAUGGAAAGAAGAACAUAUGGAUAAUUUGAUCAGUGUCAAAGUUACAAACUGUUCAUCAGAUGAUGAAAAUGUAAUUAAAAUAGAUGUUAUAGUUGAACUAGUUCAUGAUAAAGCUUUUCAUAAUUUGUACAAAAGAUUACAUAAACUUUGUAUUGCAAAUAAGAAAUAUCAAUAUUCAUUUAUAUUUAUGGGAAUGACUGGUACAGGUAAAACAACAUUUAUUGAAUUCAUUCUAAAUGUUUUAACAGGUCAAGCUCAUUCACCAACAACACUGCGCGCACAAGAUAUUGAAAACCAAGGUAUUGGUGAAAGUAAAACAAACACAGUUUGUCGUUACGAAAUCAGAUACUAUUACGGAAAUCAGUGGAAGUUUGGUAUCACAAUUGUUGACACACCAGGUUUUGCAGAUGUUGGAGGUCUUGAAAAAGAUGAUCAACAUAUCAAAUCAAUUUUAAAUAAUGUCGGUAAACUCGAAAAUCUUGAUAGUGUCAGCUAUGUCGUAAAUGGUGGAUUAACUAGAAAAACUCUUGAACCAUUAAAAGUUUUAUGCACUGUAUUUUCAAUUUUACCAAAUGAAGCACUUAAUUGUGUAUCAACCAUUGUUUCAUUCUGUGAUAAUUAUAAUCAAGCAGAUAGUGUUAGAAAUAUAUUAAAUCAAAUGUUACCUGGUAUUAAUGAAAAGCCAUUGCUUUUUAUGGACAAUCCAUGGGCUCAACAUUUAAACAAUAUUAAUAAAACAAAUAGACCAGAUGAAGCAAUUAAAAACUGUGGAGUUCUUUUUGGUGUUGAUAAUACUGAUGAACUUGAAAAAAAAAUGAGUCAAAAAAUAGAAAUCAUUACCAAAUUUUUUAUUCAUAUCUUUAGUUCUCAAAAAUCAUUCAAGCCAGAAGGAAUGAAAAUGUUACAAAAACUUAAAGUUGAACUUCUUUCAAAGUUAAAAGAACUUUCAAUUACAGUUGAAAACCUUAGUACCGUCACACGUCUUUACACAGAAUUAACAGAUGAUAAGAUUUCAUCAUUAAUUGAAAAGUCAAAAUCAAUAUCAAUGGAAGAUUGGUUAAAGGAUAGAGGAUUUGCAUAUAUCAAUGGUAAACCACAAGCCAAGAUUAUGGGAAAGAAUCCAUGGCCAGGCGGUGUUUAUUCAACUGUAUGCUUGGCACCGGAGUGCCUCAAUAUGGUAUGCCACGAAGGAUGCUCUGUUAAAUAUACACCCAUCAAAGGUGAAAAUAUAUUUACCGGUUGCCGAGCCUUUAAAAAAUUACCUAGAUGUAGAAAAUGCAAUCUAAAAUGUUCAUAUAAACAACAUAUUCACGUCAAAUAUCAAUUGGAAUGGUUUGAAAAUGAUCAAGUUUUAGAUGCAUAUAAUGCUAUCAAAUUAGGUACCACAGAAGCUUUGAAUAAAUCAAAGGAAUAUGAAGAACAUGCCAAAAAACUUAAGGCCCAAUAUUCUUCACAACUUUGCGAAUUUAGUGAACUUAAAAACAAAUUUAAAAAUCUUUCAGUUAUAGGAGAUAUAGGUUUAAUUCUCGACUCAUUAAAAAGAACCUAUGAACAAUACCACGAAAUUGCAAUUCAAGCUCAAAAUAAUGAAAAAGCAGAUAAUAUCCAAAAGAUUUUAGAUCAAUUAAAAUUAUUCAUUGAAGCAUUAAAUGCUACCGAUGAAUACAACUUUGAUGAAAAAUUUGGUGAAAUUGUUGUUAGAAGAAAAGAAAACGUUUCAUUAUUAAAUAAAAUAUUGGGUUUUUUUGGAUAAAACAAUUUUUUUAUUAAUUAUUGUCUUAACCAUAUCAAUAGCAAAGUUUAAAAAGAAUUUUAAUUCAUUAUGAUUUUAUAGUAUUUUAAAUAAAUAAGUUAAUUUCAAUAUUAUUUUUAAAAUGUC